AUGCUGGGUUACUGUCCCAGCUUAGUGACAAUUGUUCAUAACGCCGAGAAAGAGUUACACCUCGCCCACCUUUUCGUCAUAUCACGUCUGCUAGCAUUUGCAUCACUAGGACACAUCAACGGGAAUAGUAAAGAGAUCAAGCGGAAAUUCCUGAUAGCACGCUAUGCGGUGAAGAUCUGGACAGCCUAUGCUGCAUUAGCCUAUGGCUCUGGGGAUAUAGUUCAAAUGACACCGAGGUUCCUAGAAACGGAGGAAACAUUUCAACGAUGGACUGGGCUGUAUCAGGCCGAUAGGUAUUGGGAGACUGAACCUGGUCCACCGCGAGGCUCCAAGCUCUAUUAUGCUUGUCUCGAAGGGCUUGUCGGGCCUGCACGAGAUUUUUUUAAAAAAAAGGCCCGGACAUGA